UCUGUCCCGUUUUCUGGAGGCCAAUGGACGCUGUCCGACACUAUUUUGCAUUCGUGCGGAAAAUAGCUAUAGAAAGCUGACAGUGAAGCGAAACUGAAAGUUUGGCGAUUACUGUUAUAUUCAUGGCUGUAUUUUCACUUUGUUUAGAGGUGUUCCUUAUUACUUAUAUUUUAACAUAAUAUUAAGAACCUGCUCCAAAAAUAAGCUAUGUGUAAAUUGAGAAGGCUAGCUAGAUAAGCUAAGCAGCUAACUUAACAGUUUCCCGAUAAUUGUGUGGCCAUGUCGGGACUUUUAAAAUCUCAAAGAUCUACUGGUUAUUCUAAAAUAUUUUUCAGCGCAUUUCAGCAGACAAACAAACCCAAAUGCCUCGGAAAGAGACGUCAGUCUGAGGAAUAUAUCAGAAGGUUUAUUUCUGAGAACACGGAAAUAGCUGGAGAGCAGAGCCUGACUCCUGAGAUCAAACUGAGACUGUUCACCCCCAGCUGCAGAUUUUGGCGAGAAAGACCAGAGCUCUGGCCUUUCGAUGACCCGUACUGGGCUAUAUACUGGCCUGGAGGACAGGCACUCUCAAGGUAUCUUUUGGAUAACCCUGGACUGUGUCGGGGUAUGACAGUCCUGGAUCUGGGCAGCGGUUGUGGAGCUUCAGCCAUCGCUGCAAAACUGUGUGGUGCAUCUCAUGUCAUUGCUAAUGACACUGACACAGUUGCAGCCGUUGCAAUGCACAUGAACUAUGAGCUGAAUGGUCUGGAGCUACCCCUUUGUGUGACUGACAACUUGAUCGGUUCAGAGCCUGAGGACUUGGACCUAAUCCUCCUAGGUGACAUGUUCUAUGACGAGGCCUUUGCCACCAGCCUUCACAGCUGGCUGGACCGCUGCAUCAAAACCCGAGGCACCAGAGUCCUUAUUGGAGAUCCUGGGAGAGCUCAGUUUGAGGAGCACAGCAUUCGAGGACUUCUGCAUCAGCUAGCUCAGUUUAAGCUGCCCGAGUCUGUCAAAGAAGAAAACUACGGUUUGACCUGCAGCAGUGUUUGGUACUACCAUCCUCAGGGCCGGAUUAAGGGUGAUGGGCUCCCUGGGCUUAAGUAAUUGCUUGGGCCUUACUUAAAGAAGGAUAUAUAUAUAUAUAGUUGCUCCUCACAGAAAGUGAUAAACUCUUGUACCAGAACAUGGACAUUUGCAUGCCAACUGUCUAUUCCAACUGCCCUGAACUGUUAUUCAGAGGACUCUGACCAAAAAAAGAGGCAUUACACUACUUACUUUAUUGACCUUAUGAGAAAUGCAUAAUAUGUUUCAAUAGGCUUUUUUCCGAUGGCAAGAGGUUAGCAGACAAAUACAGUGUAUAAUUUUUGGCAUGGACACAUUUUAGUUGUUUGGCUCUGCAUGUUUACCUGGUUUGAUUUAAAAUGAAAUUGAAUGAGAUUAAAGCUUUGACUUCAA